AUGUUCUCAUCAUCGCCUGACUCGCCCGUCGCCGACUCCCCCAUCCCCAUCUUCACCACCGUAAGCGACUACCGAGCAUGGCGAGCACGGGCCACGAGGGACGUCAAGUCGGUCGGCUUCGUCGCGACCAUGGGUGCACUACACGACGGACAUCUCAAGCUCGUACAAGCUAGUCUGCAGGAAAACGACUACACGGUCGUCUCUAUCUUUGUUAACCCGGCUCAAUUCGCGCCCACUGAAGACCUCGCCUCCUACCCACGCACCGUCGAAUCCGAUAUCUCGAAACUCGCCUCGCUUUCCUUCACCACUUCGUCCGGCCAGCAACGACAGGUCAACGUGGCUUUCGUGCCCAGCGUGAAGGAAAUGUAUCCAAAUGGAUUCACUCAGGUGGUAGCGGAUCAGAUUGGCGCCUUUAUCGAAGUCAAGGGUCUCAGCCACCAGAUGGAAGGUGGAAGCAGGCCGACGUUCUUCCGCGGCGUAGCCACCGUUGUGACCAAGCUGUUCCACAUUAUCCAGCCCGACAACACCUAUUUCGGUCAAAAGGAUAUUCAGCAGUCAAUAGUUCUCCGUCGUCUGGUGUCCGACCUGGUCUUUUCUCAUCCACCCUCGCCCGAUCACCUGCGCGUCAUCCCCACCGGACGCGAUCCCAACGACAAUCUCGCGCUCAGCAGUCGGAACGCCUAUCUGACACCAGAUGCACGUCAAGUUGCCCCCGUUCUCUACCGAGCGCUCAAAGAAGGACACAAGGUAUGGGAGCAGCCGCACUGGACAGAAGCAACCAAGGAUCAACGCCUCAGGACCACACUCGAGAGCGCGCGUGCCAUCGUCCUCGAGCAAGCAGAGCAGUGCAAGCGCGACGGAAAGCAGGUCAACCUCAAGCUGGACUACAUUUCCUUGAAUCACCCCAAGACGCUCGAGAACCUGGAGCAGGUGCUCGCGGAGAAGGGCGCCGACGCGGUGGAUGUGAGCCAGGGUGCCAUCCUCAGCGGUGCGGCUUUGGUCAGUCAGGGCGAGGGCGGCAAAGUUACAAGGCUGAUCGACAAUGUUUUGUUAGGGUUCAAAUUGUAG